AUCCCCACCUAGACAGAACUUUGGCAUCCAUACUCCAUAGUCCUACCUGCCAACCACCUCCACUGUCACCGCCGAGGCACCGACGCAACUGCAGUGACGGUUACUGGUGGCGGUGUUGCCCGACUCCGAGAGAUUAGGAGCGGGGUGGGGAGAGGGAUGGGGACGGAGUGGCCGGCGGCGCCGCAGAGGAAGGUGGUGGGCGGUGGGGUGGCGCUGAAGCUGCUGCUGUUCGUGCUCCUCGCGUGCCUCGCGCUCCGGCUGCUCGUCGGCCCCGCGGCCUACCUCCUGCCGCUCACCGCCGCGCCGGAGGGGGCUGCGCUCGUCGUGGCUGGGCCGGGGAGGGAAAGAACCGGCGGCGGCGGGACGCCUCCCACCGAUGAUAUAAUUGUUGCUGUGACCAGUUCGGGACCUCUAACAGCUCCAGACAAGAAGCAAGAUGCCCAGGAAGAAACAGAUGAUGCAGUUAUUACUGUGACGUCUUCUAUACCUUGUACAACUCCAAGCCCCAAGGAGGAUUCCCCAAAAGAAAGGUGUGAUCUUUUCCAUGGCGAGUGGGUACCUCAUACGUCAGGGCCGGCUUAUACCAAUGCAACCUGCCGCUUCAUUGAGUCUCCUCAAAACUGCAUGACAAAUGGAAGGCCUGACACUGGUUAUCUCUACUGGAGAUGGAAACCAUAUGGUUGUGACAUACCACCCUUUGAAGGCAAAAAGUUUUUAGAUGGUAUGCGGGGCAAGCAUUGGGCACUAAUUGGUGAUUCAAUCCUUCGCAAUCAUGUCCAAUCAUUGCUUUGCCUUCUUUCUAAGGUUGAAGAUCCCACUGAGGUCUACCAUGACAAGGCCUUCAGAUCCAGAAGAUGGCACUUUCCUUCACACAACUUCACUGUCUCUCUUAUCUGGGCGCCGUUCCUGAUAAAAGCUGAAAUAUUUGAGGAUGAAAAUGGUGUUUCAACUUCUGAGCUCCAACUGCACCUUGACAUUCUGGACACAAAUUGGACGAGGCAAUGGGAGAGCUUUGAUUAUGUCGUGAUAUCGACAGGGCAAUGGUUCUUCAAAACUGCAGUCUACUGGGAGAAUGAAACUGUGAUCGGCUGCCACUCCUGCCAGAACAAAAACCUGACAGAAAUAACAUAUGAAUACUCCUUUCGCAAGUCGCUCAGGGAGGCCUUCCAGUUCAUCGCAUCCACGGCUCACAAGCCAGUAGUCUUCUACAGAACGUGGGCGCCUUCACAUUUCGAGAACGGCGAGUGGUUCAGCGGUGGGACCUGCAACCGGAAAGUGCCAUUCAAGCCAGGGGAGGCCGGUGAUAGAGAACUGGACAGUAAGAUGUGGAGGAUUGAGAAAGAGGAGUUUGACAAGGUAGUGGAGAACGAAGGGCCUAACAACCCCGGCCGUCUGAAACUGCUUGACACAUUUGAGCUCUCACUGUUAAGGCCCGAUGGACACUCGGGGCCUUACAGAACAUACCACCCUUAUGAGAAGGGGAGGACAGCCAAAGUCCAGAAUGACUGCCUGCACUGGUGCUUGCCCGGGCCUAUCGACGCGUGGAAUGACAUGAUCAUGCAGAUGCUGGCGAAGGUCUGAAACCUCCUCAGGUGGUUGGUACCCUAACCGUGUCACCUGAUUUGACACCGGUGUUGGUUCAAGCCUGAUUGUUACAUAUGUAAAAUUUCUGGGCGACAUGGCAUGACCUCUGCUGGCACUAAUAUGAGAUUUGAGAUGUCCAGCAACUUAGGUAGCUUCGGACUUCUUUUGCAGCUGCGGUUGCAGCAAUCUACCAGAACAGAGGGUUUUUUGGUGGAGUGUAUUUAGCUGUUGGGAUGUGUUGUAAAAGAAGGAUUCAUAUGCUACAGCAGAGGUAAUCUGUGAAAGCAUGAGAAAGUGCUCCAGUUUACUUCUUAUUAUAUCUUCUUAAUCUGCAAAAUUAUAGUCUUUUUUA